AUGGAAAUAGAAAAUAUUAAAAAUUUGUACGCCAAAUCACAGGAAGAAAUAGAUCAGCGCACAAUUGAGCUGUACAAAUGGAUACAACAAAAGAACACAUGUCAGGAACCUUUAACUUAUGAAGAGCAAUUACUUAUAGAAGAGAAAACAGAAGAUCUAGAGUUUUCUAGUAUGAAAAUUGACACAAAAGAAGAGCA